CAUAAUUGGAGAUGUGCACUCAGUUAUUCACACACAGCCUGUUGGUCUACGGAGCGUGUUAGCCUUGCUAGCCUGUGUGUCUUUCUGAUCUCAUUUUCUGUGCAGACCUGACACUGCAAGUUAAAGCUGGCGACUCAAAGCUUCACUAUCAACAUCAUAUUCCUGCUGUUGCUUCUCUCAGUGUGACUGUGUCUCAUGGCCGCCCUCCUCAGACGUGGGCUUUUCGUGGCCUUGCAUCACACCCUUGGGCAAGGCAGCCACUCAGUCUGCCACCCUGCACUGCCUGCUGCUCUUCUAGCCUAGAUCUUGGUUGUAGCCCUGCUGUGAGGUGGUUUGGUUCUACUGGUGGGUGGAGCUCCUCUCUCCAGCAGCCAUGUCGGGCUUCAACCUGCUGCAUCUAAUAACCAAGAGCCAGCCUGUGGCUCUGAGGCCCUGCAGUCUUCCCUCAGGAGCAUGUAGGACGAAGAAGACAUGGCCGGUGAAGUUCCCUAAGGAGGAGCUGAAGAAGCGCCUCACUCCGGCUCAGUACCAUGUGACCCAGGAGAGAGGAACUGAGAGUGCUUUCACUGGAGGCUUCACUCAUAAUAAAGAUGAGGGGACCUACACCUGUGUUGUCUGCAACACCGCGCUGUUCAGCUCCGACACAAAAUUUGACUCUGGAUCGGGUAAGUUGAAACCCAUAUAAAUGCAGACUAAUAAUAACCUACAAUUAUU